UCACCAAUUCACCAACACAUUUUUUUUCCUUCCCUGAUCACUUCCACUGGAAAGCAAAAGACAGCAGGAAUGAUCAGCUCCAAGAAGCUAGCUCAGCUCUCCAAGAAGUGGCAGGGGAUGGGUGCCAUCGGGAGGAAGAGGGUGACGACGGCGUCGGAGACGAAGGAGCUCACCCGCUCGUCGUCGUCGUCGUCCUGCAGCGGCUCGGUGGCCGGCAAGGGCAACUGCGUCGUCUACUCGUGCGACGGCCGGCGGUUCGAGGUCCCGCUGGCGUACCUCCGCACGCCGGUGUUCGCGGAGCUCCUGAGGAUGUCCCAGGAGGAGUUCGGGUUCACGAGCGGCUGCCCGAUCACGCUGCCAUGCGACGCCGCCGUGAUGGAGUACGUCGUGUGCUUGGUGAGGAGGGAGGCCUCGGAGGAGGUCGAGAAGGCGCUCCUCAGCUCCAUAGUCAUGCCUCCUUGCAGCCACCACCACCUCACCCCAGCAGCAGGCAGCUGGAUGGUGCAGCCGCUUCGCCAGCAUUUCGCUGUGUGCAGCAUCUGAUGGUCCGAGGAAGAAGAAGACGAUCUCUCCAUGGAGGAUUUCAGCUUGUUUUUUCUCUCUCUUUUUUUCCAUCUUUUUUCACCCCAAAUGUGUGCCUUUGGAGCACGGUUUUUGUGCGAUGUUUUUCCAAGGUACGUACUGUGGGUGUACUGCAGAUGGAUGCAUGUAAAAAUAAUCACAGGAUUUGUGGUUAGAGAAGAUGAAUCAAGCUGAAUUGCCAUGCACUGAAUAAUUAAGAUGUGCUGUUUGCUAUGUACUAUUUUGUAAUUUUUCAACUUCUUUAUUUUAUUUUGUAAGUUUAAAAAUUAAA